AGGGACGUAUCUGAAAAAAAAAAUUUUGGAUAAGGGAAAUCGGAGAAGAUAACAAAGCAGCCAGAGUAUUUAGGGAAUGAAUAUGAACCACAUCCACUGAUGAUCCACUCCGCUCCCAAGAUGGCCAUGGCCACGCUACGUUCUCCCUCACCCAUUCUCUCCUCCACCACCAAACCCAAAACCCCACAAACACAAGUCCCACUCUGCAUCAAAUCACCAGGAUCGCUCAAGGCCACAUUGGCGACCAGCCUAGCCACCGCCACUCUCCUCCUAACCCCCUUUCCGAAUCCCUCCCUUUCCCUGCCCCCCUCAUCAGAAACACCGUCCUACACCAUCUACUACGGCACAGCAGCCAGCGCCGCUAAUUAUGGAGGAUACGGGGGAAAUUCCGACAAGAAAGCGUCGGCGGAGUACGUGUACGAUGUCCCAGAUGGAUGGAAAGAACGACUGGUGUCCAAAGUGGAAAAGGGGACUAACGGAACGGAUAGUGAAUUCUACAAUCCGAAGAAGAAGCAGGAAAAGGAGUACUUGACAUUCUUGGCAGGAUUCAGACAACUGGCCCCCAAAGAUGUGGUUUUGAAUAAUCUGGCGCUGUCGGAUGUGGAGCUGCAAGAUUUGAUUGCAGGAGCAGAGAGUCUGGAAUCGGAGGAGAAGAAAGAUGAAAAUGGGCAGAUUUAUUAUGUGUACGAGAUUGAUGGGGUUGGAAAACACAGUUUGAUAUCGGUUACUUGUGCAAGGAACAAGCUUUAUGCUCAUUUUGUGAAUGCACCCAUGCCCGAGUGGAACCGUGACCAAGACACCUUGAGGCAUCUUCAUCAAUCCUUCAAGACUGUUGGCAACGCCUCCUCUUGAUGCUUGACUCUUUUCAUGUUGUACUAGCUAGUAGUUAUAGUAUUGUAUUAGUUUUAAAAAUUGAGCUCAAUUUUGUUUCAACAGCAAUGCAUUUCGAAUGGAGUUUCUAGUACAAACAAUUAAUAAUAUAUCAUAUAACCAAGA